AUGGUGGCGUCCAAAAAAUCUUUCGAAGUCGGCGAUUUGGUGUUCGCCAAGGUGAAGGGCUAUCCGUUCUGGCCCGCGAAGAUCACGCUGAUUGGCAAAAGCAAAGACACAGUCUACUUCUACGGCACGGGUGAAGUCGGAAAUGUCAAGAAGGGCGACAUGUGCCCGUACGAAUCUUCGAAGGAGAAGUUUUCGACGGAGAAGUUCAUGAAACGCAAGGGCUUUAAAGAGGCGUUGAUGCAGAUUGAGUCUGCCUUGAGCGGCGAAGAUCCAAGCCCCGUAAGUCUUGCAUUUGACGUAGCGGCUGUUCAGUCGGGAAUGGAUGAUACGUUGGAAUCACAGCAAACAUCAAUUUCCGCUGCUGAGACCACCUUCAAUGAGUCGCAAUUAUCGGCAAAUUCAACCGCGUACAACGUUAACAAAGUAAAGCCCGAAGUGUUUGAAAACGAAAAUGCCAGCACCCCACAAACCGCCGUAUCUCACACAAAAGCUAGCGCCACAAAGAAAGUGUCCGCUGCACUUGCAACGGCCACGAACAAUGGUGCACAGAAGAAGGUGUUUGAUUCGUCAGCGGCGCUUCAGGACGCGAGUGGUACGACCGAUACGAAGGAAAUCGUCAGCCAACGAGGAAGAAAAAUCAAGCAGAAACGAUUUUUGGAUGGUGAAGAUGACGAACCCAACACGACUGGAGGAUCACCGCCUAAAAAGAAGGCAGCAAAGACGACGACCAAAGCGGCGCCCCUGUCUACUACGCCCGGCACGAAAAAGAACCAGGACGCUUUUGAUAAACUUGCUGACGAACGACUGUUUGUGCUGAAGCUCGAACGACAACUAGUGGAACUGAAUCUGGAGAUAAAAUCCUCGGUAAAGCUGAAUGGUGCCGAUCCGGAACGGUGCGUUAAGCUGAUGGAACAAUAUGAAAAUCUGACCGUUACUCCAACGAUCCUGAAGAAAAACCCAAACUGUGUCGAAACGAUGAAAAGGUUACGCAAAUACGUCGGCAACGCGAAAGCGUGGAAUCUGGAUGAUAAGCAAAAGCUGAAGUUUGACUUCCAAGCACAGCUAAUACGACAAAAGGCAGAACAGAUAUAUGCCCGCUUUAAGGAAAUUUUGGGAAUGUCAGACUCGGAAAUGCCUUUUUGGGAUUGGUUUGUACAGCAGGUAAACACGUUCGAGCGGCGGACGCAGCACUUGACCCAAGAACAGCUAUAUCUGCUGGUCGAUGAGAAAGAACUGGAAGACCACAACAAUGAGAAUAUUAACCAUACGACCAGUGCAACGCAUAAUGCGCAAGAGACGAAGACCCACAGCUUGACCGCGGAGGAAAAUGAAGGUGCGGACGAAGGGUUCGAUCCGGAGGCUACAGCACCUGAAGAAAGUACGACAAAUGUUGGUGAAUAG